GUCUCCUGCUUUGUUUCUUUCGCAUGGCCGUCGAUACUCUUCAGAGGGAAGAGUAGGAAAAGAAUACAGUGGAUGUUCUGAGGGAGCUCCUCUAUAAUAGAAUUUGACCCCGCUUCAAGUCUCUGAUAUCGACCAUGGGCAAGCCACGGAUGAUCAUUCUGAUCCGCCAUGCUCAGUCCGAGGGAAACAAAAAUCGAGAAAUCCACCAGACCGUCCCUGACCACCGGGUAAACCUCACGCCCGAAGGGCAUCGACAAGCCCACGAGGCAGGUUCCAGACUGCGCGAACUUCUACGACCAGAUGAUACUCUACACUUCUUCACGUCACCCUAUCGUCGAACGAGAGAGACCACAGAAGGACUGAUGAGCUCUUUAACCUCCGAUAGCCCCUCUCCGUCGCCGUUCCCGAGACACACCAUCAAGGUGUACGAAGAGCCCCGAUUGCGUGAGCAGGACUUCGGUAACUUCCAACCAUGUUCGGCAGAAAUGGAGCGGAUGUGGUUGGAAAGAGCGGACUAUGGACACUUCUUCUACCGGAUACCUAACGGCGAGUCUGCUGCGGAUGCGUAUGACCGGGUGAGCGGAUUCAACGAGUCUCUCUGGCGGUUAUUUGGUGAGGAUGACUUCGCUAGCGUGUGCGUAUUGGUCACCCAUGGUCUCAUGACCCGGGUAUUCCUUAUGAAGUGGUAUCAUUGGAGCGUUGAAUACUUUGAGGACCUUCGCAACAUCAAUCACUGCGAGUUCGUGGUUCUGAGGCUCAACCCGGACAACGGGAAGUAUGUGCUGCAGAAUAAUCUGCGCACAUGGUCUGAGAUGAAAAAGGAAAAGGAGUUGGGGAUACAGCAAGAACGAGUUUCCAAAGGACUGAGCGCUGCGCCUGUUCCAUCGGAGGCACCUGUCCCCGCCAAACGCAGAUGGGGCGGUUGUCCUGACGGAUGUGAUCACGGCAUUCGCAGGAGGACUUCUGUACGAAACCCACGAACGAACGGAGCAGACGCAAUGCGUCACGAUCAUCACGAUACCCACAAAAAGAUACCCGACACGAGCGCCCAAGACCCUGCCCAGGAGGCUACUGCGCGAGUCGAGCAACUAAAAGCAGCAGAACGCCCUCCAGACGCGACCAACCCCGACUCCGACAAUGACAACGACAACGACCAUGACAACGACAACGACCAUGACAACGACAACGACCAUGACAACGACAACGACCAUGACAACGACAACGACCAUGACAAUCCUCAAACCUCCAACCCCAAAUCAACCACCACCAACCCCGAAAACUCACGACCCAGCCUCUCACAUUUCCACCAAGACAGCGAAGACAGCCUCCUCGACCGCCACCGCCACAACCUAGCCCUCCUCCGCCUCGGAGGCCGCGACGGCGGCGGCUCAAUGAGCGGCUUUAACAGCCUCAACCCAUCCGAAGACGAGCGCGAAGAACCCACCCCCCUAAAAACCCUUCCUCGACAAAUCUCCCACCAAGCCAGUCCGUCACAGGAUAUCGGAAACGACGGCGACGAUGAAGGGAGUGAAAGCAAGCCAGGACUGCAACGCUUGCGCCGUGCCCGUUCGCAUAAUAACCACCACCACCAUCACAAUCACUUCAUUUCCAACAUAAACAAGCGCAAUUUAGCCGUGAGAAUAGGUGACACCCUCGGUGAUCGGGACCCCGAGACAGACGACACGGACCAUCUACCCAAUGAUCGAGAGACAUCCCUUGAACCAGAGCCGGAGGGAGAACCGGAGAAUACAACUACGGAUGUGCGGAUCCAAGGACAAGAGAACGAAGAUACCCUCGAAGCCGAGAGACGCAGGGACCAGAGUAUCCGAGGGAGUGUUUAUUGAUAGCUUGGUGUUCUAUAGCAUUUUUCGUACAUACAUGCCUCUUCUAAGUUCGAUCUAAUUUGUAACGACUGACGACACGAAUGCAAUGAUGUUUGACGUUUUCAAAUGAGAAGGGCGUAUCCCGUUAAUUAGCUUAAAUUGCCCCAGGG